AAACAGCAUCAGCAGAGAUGCUGAGUGACGACGUGGUCGCCACAUGGGAGGUGGAGCUGAGCGACGGCGUUUACAGGAUCGAGUUUGCUCACGGGACAACCUCAGGGAAACGCGUUGUUUACAUCAACGGACAGGAAGUCAUCAGGAAAGACUGGAUGUUCAAGCUGGUUGGAAAGGAAGCAUUCACAGUGGGAGGAGCCAACACCAAAGCCAACAUCACCAUCGAGGCGGUCGGCGGCUUCGCUUACGAGUACACGCUGCAGGUGGGUGGGCGGAGCCUGCAGAAGUUCACUGACCAGCGGGCCCAGACGACAAAGACGUGGCUGCUGAGCGUGGACGGAGAGGAGUGCAGGGUGGUGCUGGAAAAGGACACGAUGGAUGUUUGGUGUAACGGACAGAAAAUGGACACAACGGGAGAGUUCGUGGACGACGGCACAGAGACGAGCUUCACGCUGCGGGAACACGAGUGCUGCAUCAAAGCCACGAGUGGCGGCAGGAAGAAGAGCGGCGUCGUACACCACCUCCUGCUGGACGGAGAGAGGAUUGCAGCUGCCUCACACUGAUGCUGUGAGCAGGAAGUAACUCUGACGCUGCAAAAACCUUUUUAUUCCACAUGGUGUUGUUGUUUUUAAUGAUAAAAUUAGAAAAUAAAAGCAUCAAGUCUGA